AUGGAUUCCACUAUCAACACGGUUGCUUCAUCCGAAAUGAUCCCCACUCCAUCUGUCGCGGCUAAUCCUAGUGCCUCGGUAGCAACAGAAUCACCCAUGGAAGUCAUUGCUCGUCUAGAGCGACAAAUUGGUGAACUGAAUCUCCUAGUAGCUCAUUUCCAAGCUGCUUCUCAGAACCUACCACCUGAUGCUCGCCAAAAAGGGCCCAUGCCACCUUCGUUUCCAACUUCAAGUGAGCUCAAUCAAGGAGAACAUUUUACCACCUUUCAGCCAGCUCAAAGCGCCUCACUCACUCAUUCGACUCAGGAUACUCCUCUUGUGUACACAUUUGCUCCCCCAAAACCUCCAACGGUAACACAUCGUGCUCCGCCAGUGUACACUUAUGUCGCUGCUCCACCUGUUACCAAGGCUCAAGAGUUUCAUCGCCAAGAUGUUAAUCACUAUGUUGAAAUUGAAAACGAUGCAAGAUCAAUCGAUGCUGAAAUGAUGAAUAGGAAGAUGAAAAGCUUAGAGGAUGCUAUGAGAGGUCUUCGUGGGUUCGAUACUAGCCAGAGUGUGAGAUAUGAAGAGUUGUGCACAUUCCCCGAAAUUGAGCUUCCACUUGGUUACAAAAUUCCGAAGUUUGAGAAGUUCAGUGGAUCAGGAAAUCCUUUCUUUCACUUGAAAAUUUACUGUGAAAAGUUGAUUGGCGUUGGAAACAACGAAGGGAUAAGAAUCAAGCUUUUCAAUCAAAGUCUGACUGGAAAAGCCUUGGAGUGGUACUCAAAGCAAGAUGUGACUAAAUGGCGUACUUGGGAUGAUCCAGCGAAUGCUUUUGUGGAUCACUACAAGUUUCAUGUUGAAAUUGCUCCUGAUAGGAUCUCUAUUACCAAGCUAAAACCAAAGUCGACUGAAUGUUUUCGAGAAUAUGCCAUUCGUUGGAGGGAAGAAGCUGCUAGGGUGCACCCACCUAUGGAGGAAUCAGAAAUGAUCACCUACUUCAUUCAAGCUCAAGACUCAGAAUACUACGAGCGAAUGGUGACAAUGGGUGGAAAGACAUUUGCGGAAGUUAUCAAAGCCGGAGAAAUGAUUGAAGACGGUCUCAAGACUGGCAGAAUUACAAGUUACACCUCAUCUCAGUUUGCUAAUAGGGCCUAUCAAACUGGUUCCUUUGGAAAGAAAAAGGAGAAAGAGGUUAUGAUGUUAACGACUCGAGGAGAUACCUCAUAUAACCGUCAACCACCUCUAGGCUAUCCUGGUUCACAAUACUAUGUUUGCAACAAUCAAGCAACAUUUCGUCCUUCACGACCAAUGCAAAAUCAUCGAAACAAUGCACCUCGUCCCAAUUUUGAGAAAAAGCCUCCCCGAGUCUUCACCCCGUUGUGUGAGACACGGACUCAACUUUUCGAGAGAUUGAAAGAGGCAGGAAUACUUCAUCCAGUGGAAGCCAAGACUGUGAAUACUUCAGCCGAGUGGUAUGACCCAAAUAAGCAUUGUGCUUAUCAUUCAGGAGUUAUUGGGCAUGAUACCGAGAGGUGCAUCACUCUGAAGCACAAAAUUCAAGAUCUAAUUGAUAACGAGGUGGUAAAACUUGCUCAAGCUCCACCGAAUGUGUACACCAAUCCACUACCCAAGCAUAAGGAGUAG